GGGAUUGCCCCGAACAAAUAUGGCGAGAGAGGCCUCUGUGAGGGCAGACUGAUUUAACACCCAAACCCGCUGCGGCCAGGGAAGGCAGUGGGAGCGGCGCGGCUGGGAGCAUGGAGGGCGGCAGCGCUGGCAGCGGUGGCAGCGGUGGCAGCGACAGCAGCCCCAGCGGGAGUGGCGGGGCGCAGCAAAGGGAGCUGGAGCGCAUGGCUGAGGUCCUGGUCACCGGGGAGCAGCUACGGCUCAGGCUGCAUGAAGAGAAGGUCAUUAAAGAUAGGCGACAUCAUCUCAAAACCUACCCAAACUGUUUUGUCGCCAAAGAACUGAUUGACUGGCUGAUCGAGCACAAAGAGGCUUCUGACAGAGAGACUGCAAUUAAACUUAUGCAGAAAUUAGCAGACCGGGGCAUCAUUCAUCAUGUGUGUGAUGAGCACAAGGAAUUCAAGGAUGUCAAACUCUUCUACCGCUUUAGGAAGGAUGACGGCACCUUCCCAUUGGACAACGAAGUGAAGGCCUUCAUGAGAGGACAGAGGCUAUAUGAGAAGCUGAUGAGCCCUGAAAACACACUCCUGCAGCCCCGGGAAGAGGAAGGGGUCAAGUAUGAGCGCACCUUCAUGGCCUCUGAAUUCUUGGAUUGGCUGGUUCAGGAAGGUGAGGCCACCACAAGGAAAGAGGCAGAGCAACUGUGCCACCGGCUUAUGGAGUAUGGCAUCAUACAGCAUGUGUCCAACAAGCACCCAUUCGUGGACAGCAACCUUCUCUACCAGUUCAGAAUGAACUUCCGGCGGAGGCGAAGGCUCAUGGAGCUGCUCAAUGAGAAAUCCCCCUCCCAGGAAACACAUGACAGUCCCUUCUGCCUGAGGAAGCAGAGCCACGACAAUCGGAAGUCUACCAGUUUUAUGUCAGUCAGCCCGAGCAAGGAGAUCAAGAUCGUGUCUGCGGUGAGGAGGAGCAGCAUGAGCAGCUGUGGCAGCAGUGGCUACUUCAGCAGCAGCCCCACGCUCAGCAGCAGCCCCCCUGUGCUCUGCAACCCCAAGUCUGUGUUGAAGAGACCUGUCACUUCUGAGGAACUCCUGACUCCCGGAGCACCGUAUGCAAGGAAGACGUUCACGAUCGUGGGUGACGCUGUCGGCUGGGGCUUUGUGGUGCGAGGAAGUAAGCCAUGCCACAUCCAGGCCGUGGACCCCAGCGGCCCCGCCGCCGCCGCAGGAAUGAAGGUCUGUCAGUUUGUCGUCUCUGUCAACGGGCUCAACGUGCUGCAUGUAGACUACCGGACCGUGAGCAACCUGAUUCUGACGGGCCCACGGACCAUUGUCAUGGAGGUCAUGGAGGAGCUGGAGUGCUGAGCAGGGGGCCUGCCCAGCCCUUCAAGUGGCCUAUGGAUGAGCGAUGCCAAAACAACACGAAGCAAUGCAACGACAAGACUCCCAUGCCCGUGGGUGGCUUUGGACGUACAGAUCUUUUUCCGUGCACACACAUCUUAAUUCGGGUUUCAUACACUGUUUGAAUGUGGAAGGACUGGGUAACACAUCUUAAAAAACAACAACUUAUGCCGGUGUCGAAAAUACUUGAGACACAGGAGUGUCUCAUUGCGUAGAAUCGCUCUAUUUGAUUUCCCUUUGUAGUUCUCACCCACUGUUUUUUAUCUUAGUUUGCAGAAAGCGGUUGAAAUGCUUCUCUAGCCAAAACAGCAACAUGCUAAAAUCCCCUUCCUAGGGGUCAAUAGAGUAGUUUCUUGCAGACUUUAAACUGUAGUCUCACUGAAAUGAGCAUGGGACCGCUUAAUAGAGAAUCUAGAUUGUACCGAGCUUCAAAUGAAAGCAACAGUCAAAGGAAUAGUACCUUGUGAAUUAGCACUUCGAAGGAAGUUCUAAGGCGUUUGAGUGCUUAAAAUCCAUCAAAAAAUGGCUAUUUCUUAAUUUUUGCCUUUAGUAUCAACUUUUAACAUAUGUUUUCAACAUAUGUUAACAAACAAAAACUUUGUGAUGAUAUGGGUGGGUAGAUAGAGAGAUACUACUUAAAAUUGUUUGCUGUUUUCUCUGUCUGAGCCUAAAUCAUGUUGUUCUGUCAGCUACCCCAGCUUUCUAGAAUUAAUGCUGAACGUGUUGAAUGUCAAAACAAGAGAAGUUUAUAUAUACACAUAUAAUUCAGAAUCACGUCUCUGGCAAGAUUUCACUCUGAAGUUGUCCCUUUUUAAGUGACGUAUUCUAGAACUUGGCCCAUAUGUGAUUAAAACUUGAAAUUAAAUUGCCUUAUUGGCCUGAAUUUUUACUAGCUUUCUAGUAUAACAUAUUCUAAGGACAUGACAUGCUGCGUAUUUGGUGAGAUUACCAUAUUUUGCUAUGUAUAAUACAUACUUUUUGCCCAAAUUUUUGAGGAGAAAAUAAGGAUAAGCAUAAUACAUCGGUAUAAUGAUUGCAUAACAUGCAUCUAAUAAUCCCAUGUAUAAUGCGCACAAAAACGUGGGUGGGCAUUAUCCACGGGAGUACAUUAUGCACUGCAAAAUGCAGUAUUUUUCACCAAAAGCAAGCCUUGUGUGUUGUAACUUUUCAGCUCACUUGUAUAUAUGCAUGUUCCCUUCUUUUUGAUUAUUAUUAUUAUUAUUAUUUUGAUCUAGAAAAGAAUGCAUUUUGGGGCUUGGUGUAUAGAGGAAAUUCCUCAAAGUGCCAAAUUAGGGAGUCAGGGAAUGCUGAAUUCUUCUUAAUUUUGUAUAAUGAAUUCUGAAUGAUGAAGUUACUUUCUUAUUAUGUAUUAACAAAAUAAAAUAUGAAUGAUGUACCUCAGCCAUUCUUUUUAUGAUAGGUUAUCAUAAUGUACUGGUACUGGUGGAAUCGACAUACCAUGUUAAAGGUGUUGCAUAUAUGUUUGUGCAAUCCAACUUUUCUGACCUGUAGCUGUAGUGAGAGAAUAGGAUUUUGAAGUGAGAUACAAUGGUUAAUAUUAAUAUCAUCGAUCUACAUUUGAGAAACAUUAUCAUCUCCAUACAUAUUAUUGUAUGUGCAUUUAUACUGGAUACCAGCAUUUAUGCUACAGAUCUUGACAAAUAUGAUCUCUUUUAUCCCUCAUCACAACCCUGCAAGGUAGGUAUUAUCAUCCUCCCUUUUUGGUUGUGGAAACUAAGUCUGAGCAAGUUUAAAAUGGUCUCUAAGUUCACCCAGCUGCAAAAACCACUAAGUGAUAGGAGCCUGGAUUUGAACACGGGCUUCUGUCCUGUGUUACCACCCCCAGCCCCAGCCUUUCCCCCUUUAGGAACCUUCUGUUGGAGGCUUACUCUGUACCAGGUGCUGUGCUAAAGCUAUUCAUUACUUACUCCUAUUGACCAGUGAGGUCAAGAUCAUUGCCCUCAUUUUACAGCUGAGGAAACUGACUCAUAAAGAGGUUAGUCAGUCUUAUGCCCAAGGCCCACACAACCAGUAAGUGGGAGGCUUUACUAUCCCACUUUAAGAGAUGAGUCUUAAAUGAUAUCCGUCCCCAGGUAUUCACUAGUGGACAAGAGAAGGACAGCCUUUCAGGAAAUGGCAUCUUCUUGACUGCUGCUUGUACGUUUUACUCACGUCUUAAAGCCUGUCAUCAUAGACCCUGGCAUAAUGUCACUUCCCUUUAGCCAAUCUAAGCCCCAGGGAAGUGAAUGUCUGACUUUAUUUACUCCGCACAGCUUCCUGCCUGUGAAAUCUAUUUGAGGGUGUCGCUGAUGUCUUUGGACCUAUGAAUAACAAGGUUAAGGAAGGAAGGGAGGGAGGGAGGAACGGUUUUCUACUUUGGCUCUCAUCACUCUCAGUUUAAAGGCCAAGUGCUAGAGAAUUCUACUUAAGGCUAAGAGAGCUUCACCUUAGCUCGCCCUAGAGCCAACCUGUGGCCUCUUCACACUAAUUAAAGUGAAUGCUCCCCGUCCUCUCAGGGGGUCUGUCGGGCUCCCUCCAGCCUUCUCACAUGCAGUUUCUCUUCCCUGGAAUGUCCUUUCUCUGUCUUUGCUGGAAAAGUCUCCCUCAUUAACUCAUAAAGCUUGUUGGGUCCAGAGCCUGGGCCAAACGCCAGUCCCCUGCCCCCCGGCCUAUGUCCUUUUCGGUCCAGCAUUUGCUGCGUCAGGUAAUUUGGUGAACACAGGCCUUUGGGUUUGGGGUACUUACCAAUGCAAAUAGAGCCAGGUACCUGUGCAGGUGAAGGGUAUACAUUUUAAUUGACUCAGGUUGUUAAAUCGUAUCCUUAAAAAGUAAGUAUUUUGUGUGGUAUGUGAUGGUUAGGACUGCUUUAACAUUUAGAAACUCUAUUCCUAAAUGUAAUAAUAAUGAUUCUAAACAGCAAGUAGUAUUUCUAAGAACUUUUAUUUCAAUGUAGGCGUGCAUCUGUGUGUAGCAGUACAUGGCGUGUAAGGUUUCCCUCACUGAGAAUCCCUGAAAUGGCUUCUUCAUUCCCAGAGAAGAUACUUUUGGUUUUCAGGUGUUGGUGUAAUAUGUUCAUGAUUUUGUGGUAGAGAUGGAAGUAGUUUUUUGUUUCUUAGCAUUGUAGGUGCUAUCAGUGCAAAUCUGACAGCCGCGUUUGUCAGUUCUGUUGUAUGUAGAGAGGAAAAUGCAGUUGCCUUUUGGACUGCGUGAUGUUUUAUUUUUAACCUCUGUUAAAUAAUUUAUAAAUUGAUCAGGGGACUAGUUGAGCAAUGAUGGGUAACAUGAAGAAGAUAUCCAUGUCUGAGUAGAUUAGAUGGAUCAACUUCACACCAUCUCAAAGGAAAAUGUGUUGGAGUGGUAGCAAUGAAUAAUUUAAAAAUUAUAGCUUUCAGUUCAAAAUGGAGCCUCACAUUUUCAGAUCCUCAUUCCUUUCAAAUAUGUUGUGAAAAUACUCUACCUUCAAGGCCUAUUUUAAACUGAUGAUAUUAACUAUCCUCUCCUGUUGCGUAUUAAUCCUGUUUCAUUUUACUCGUAAAUGAUCAGAAUAACUCUUUUCAGUUUUGCUGAUUAGUUAGAAUCUACUAUGUCAUCGACUAUAAAUUUACUCAUUUAAUGCAGAACUUCAGGUGGAAUAUGUUUUUCUUCGGUUCAAUACCAAAAGGACAAAUCUGCAGUGUAUCAAAAUGAAGACCAUCAUCAAAGUUAGCAUAUGCUAUUGUCAAAUGCAUUAAUAUAUGUACUUAAUAUAUGUUUAUUUUUAAAUUAGAUUGAAAUUUAUGUUCUCCCUUUAUUAAAAAUUGUAGCAUAAUACUUAAAAUUAUAAGGUGAAAAUAGUAUAGCAUGAAAUAAAUGUUAAAUUUUUAAAACAGUGACUUUAGGCUUUUAUUUUUUCUGUC